GUCGCGACCUAUAAUAUACUCAUCAAGAAGUCGGUAUGACGCCUCCGUACGUUCACCACAGGGCUGCACAGUCCUCCAUAUCGCCCCCACAUCUUCUACACCAUCUCGUCCUUCUCCUCCAGUUUUUGCAGCUCCUAACUAUCAUCCCGCCGUCCUCCGCAAGCUCGGACUUGUUGCUUCCUCCACCCCCGGUCACGGGCCUUUCCAAGGCCGAUCUCUGCGCCCUCGACAUCGCUCGCUCUCGCUAUGCGUUGGAUCUGGUCAAAGUCACGCCGGAGCGUCCGCCACCGCAGAACUUACACGAAAACUCCGUUUAUCCUAAGAUCUUCUGCUUCGUGAACACCAUUUCAGUGCACCACAAGACCCGCGCGCAGUCCGUAGCCGAGACCUGGGGCCAGCGCUGCGACAAACUCAUGUUCUUCAGCAACACGACAGACACGAUUGUGGUGGCGGCAGGCACCGAGAAAGAGCAACGCUACGAAGUCAUCGAAAUGGACGUCAUCGCUGACCACAACCAUCUGUGGCAGAAGCACAAGGCCACGCUUCGCUACGUGCACGAGCACUUCCGCCACGAUUACGACUGGUUCUACAAGGCUGACGACGACGCGUACGUUGUUAUGGAGAAUCUACGACAUUAUCUCCGGAGACCUGAGAUCAUGCAGACGUACCAGCGAGAACCCAUGCAGAUGGGACACAGGUUUAAUCUGACGCAGGACUUGGUGAGCUACUACAUCGUGGACGACUCGCUCGAGUCCAUUUGGAGGUCGAGAUGGGAGCGUUGGGUGUUUAACUCUGGGGGACCGGGCUACGUCAUGAAUCGCCUGUACAUGGACAAGAUCGUCAACAUUUUACCCGACUGGACGUGUCUGUCGGACAGACACAGUGAAAUGCUGCCGGAUGAUGCGUCUAUCUCGUUCUGCAUGAUGUGGCACGACGUUUACCCGUGGGAUACACGGGACCAUCAAGGACGCGAGCGGUGGCAUGCAGAUAAACCCAAAGGAGUGUUCUUCGCAGACCCGAAGCGAGUGAACUACUGGUAUGUGCAGUAUCAUCAGCACAUAGGCGGCGUGCGGGGGAAAGAGGGAGGCGCUGCACCUGACAGCGUGGCGUUCCAUUACAUCAGCCCAGCACUCAUGUAUCAUUUAGAGAGAACCUUCUACUUGUGUCGACAAGGAGACGACGUGCCUGACGUCGCAGCAUUCAACGACAAGUACGGUCUCGCUAUCGGCGACGAUGUCAUGGUGUACCAAGAUGUGCCGCAGAAGAAGCCAGCCAACGCUCCGAAAGUGACACAAGCUCCCGGACAGACCCAAAGUGCGUCCUAG